AUGUGGAGCAGUAUAAAUUGCCGUGCCAUUUAUAUCUACAAGGUGUUAAAACAAUUAGAUCCCGAUAUUGGUAUUUCCUCGAAGGCAAUGAGUAUAAUGAAUAGUUUUGUUAAUGACAUUUUCGAACGCAUUGCUGCUGAGGCAUCGCGUUUGGCUCACUAUAACAAACGUUCAACUAUCACCAGUCGCGAAAUUCAAACUGCUGUGCGUCUACUUUUGCCCGGUGAAUUGGCCAAACAUGCCGUCAGUGAAGGGACUAAGGCUGUUACCAAAUACACUAGCUCCAAGUAAAUUGUCUAUUGAUAAUGUAUGUGUGUGUAACGACAAAAGGCCCUUUUCAGGGCCACA